UGCCAGACACUCAACCGUUGAUAUUGCCGACGCUCGACUGCAUAUAGUCCCUCUUGGAGACUCAUUUGAAAAUUCAGUAACUGUUGUUCGUGAGAUUAAUCAAAUUGUGAAUAACUUUUGGAAAGGAGACUCAAUGUCAUACUCAAGCACUCCAGCACCCACAAAAGAACUCUGGUGGUGCGAGUUUAAGCGAUUAUUUAGUUGGGACCCUUAUUUUGAGAUGGAAGUUAAAAGAAUUUUCAAAAAGAAAUGUGGUGAUCACAUUCGGCAUGUAUUAAACCAUGCCAAAAGUACUGGAAAAAAGCCUCCCUUUAUCACGACGGACAAUUGGGUUAGGAUCUGCAAUUUUUGGCAAACUGAUGAGUGCAAAGAAAGGAGUUUGCGGAAUAAAAUAAAUCAAGCUUAUAAUUCUGGAGACUCACGUGCAAUAUAUGCAGGAGGAUCUAUAAAUAUCGAGGAGCAUUCACGUAGAUUGUCUAGGGAUUUGGGAAAAGAGCCCGAUUUUAUAGACACUUUCGUCCGCACUUUUCAAAAAAAAGACAAGACUUGGAGUGGAGAUAGAGCUAGAAUAAUUAAGGAGAGAUAUGAUGAGCUAUCAUUAUCUCAAAGAAGUUCAGGUGAUGGUGAUAAUAUUGAGGGAUCUGAGCCGUCUGUUACUAAUAAUUUAGAUUUAUGGUUAGAGGCCAGUGGGGGAGUCAAAGGGGGAAGGAUAAUAGGUAUGAGUUCUAUGAGUAGAAUCCAUAAUGUUCCUCGAAGAUCUUUAUCUUCUUCUACCCGACCCGCAGUAACGGCACAGAUUCAUAGCUUAACUGAAGAGGUUGACAAUUUGAAAGACAUAAUAUCUCAAAGGGAUCAGCAAAUUUUAGAAAUUCAAAAACAAAAUUCACAAAGAGAUCUAGAUAUGGUUGAAAUGCGUAAACAACAAGCCUUUCUUUUACAACAAUUUCAACAAUUUAGAUCGGGUUCAAGCUAUAUUCCUCCUGGUAUUGGUGAUGAUGCUAAUGACGAUGAUGAUGCCGCCGAUGAUGUUGAUGAUGAUGCAUGA